AUGGGAAAGACAAAGGCGAACGUGCACACGAAGGCCGAGGCACCGGCGUGUGGGGUGUUGCCUUCAACGGAACUUGAGCGUGUAUUUGCGGUGCUCCGAUUUAUAUCACAGCAGCAGGAGUCGUCGGCGUCAUCAACGGUGGUAGCUCUUGGCGAUAAUGAGAGCCGUGCUGUUAGCACUGGCACGAUGACGACUGUUCUGAAGGCCAAUACGGGCACGAGGGCCGCCGGCCCACUCAUCAUCCCGGAGAGUGUUGAAAAACCGUUGGAGACGUUUCGCAUGGCGGUGACGAACUUCCCGCUGCAGAUGGAGGCGGUGCACGCUGCCCGGGAGACGCUGUACGAGGCGCUGCGGGAUGCCUACCCAGCCAGCCAGGCCGAGGUGGACCGACUCUGCCACUGUGCCACCUUUGUUGCCAGGGCCGCGACGAAGAACGUUCCACAUUUCCUGCUACAAGAUGUAUAUGCUUUGCAGGCGAUGCAUGAGGUUGUCCCGGGACUGUAUGUUGGUUCCUAUCACCCAGCCUCUGACAAGGCACUGCUGCAUCGUCAGAACGUGACCCACGUGUUGUGCUGCAUUGAUGUGCAGCCCCGCUUCCCAACGGAGUUUACGUACUUAACGGUUUGCGCGCAGGACUCACCGGAUUACAACAUCUCGAAGUUUUUUCAGCAAACCUACGAGUUUAUUGAGACAGCUUUGAUUCAACACCACUCCGGGGUGCUUGUGCACUGCGGGGCAGGCAUUUCCCGUGCACCCACAAUUACCGCCGCGUACCUCAUCAAGAAGCUGCGGCUGACUGCGGUGGCGGCACUGGAGUUGAUUCAACGCAGGCGUCAUGUGGCAUCACCCAACAUCGGUUUCCGUCAACAACUGCGAGUCUACCAAGAGAGGCUUGGCAUAUAG